UGGGCUGGCGGCGCCCGCAUGACCCGCGCUGGGAGGGCGUGGGGAGGCAGGCCAGGCGCGCACGCCGCCGGUCCGAAUCGCCACCCCCACUCCUGCCGGGACGGGAAGUGAGUCGCCGGGGUCCCCAGUACAAGACAGCCGAAGAGCACGUCCCACAGGCCCCCCAAACCCCGGCGGAAGAAUGGCGGCCGCCAAGGUGGCUUUAACCAAGAGAGCAGAUCCAGCUGAGCUUAAAGCAAUAUUUUUGAAGUAUGCAAGCAUUGAAAAAAAUGGUGAAUUUUUUAUGUCUCCCAAUGACUUUGUCACUCGGUAUUUGAACAUUUUUGGAGAAAGCCAGCCCAACCCAAAGACCGUGGAACUUUUAAGUGGCGUGGUGGAUCAGACCAAGGAUGGGUUAAUAUCCUUCCAAGAAUUUGUAGCCUUUGAAUCUGUCCUGUGUGCUCCAGAUGCCCUGUUUAUGGUGGCCUUCCAGCUGUUUGACAAAACUGGCAAAGGAGAGGUAACUUUUGAGGAUGUUAAACAAGUUUUUGGACAGACCACAAUUCAUCAACAUAUUCCAUUUAACUGGGAUUCGGAAUUUGUUCAACUGCAUUUUGGAAAAGAAAGAAAAAGACACCUUACGUAUGCGGAGUUCACUCAGUUUUUGCUGGAAGUACAGUUGGAGCAUGCGAAGCAAGCCUUUGUCCAGCGAGAUAGCGCCAAGACUGGAAAAGUCACAGCCAUUGACUUCCGGGACAUCAUGGUCACCAUCCGCCCACAUGUCCUGACUCCUUUCGUGGAAGAAUGUCUAGUAGCUGCUGCUGGAGGCACUACAUCCCAUCAAGUUAGUUUCUCCUAUUUUAAUGGAUUUAACUCGCUCCUUAACAACAUGGAACUCAUUAGAAAGAUCUACAGCACUCUGGCUGGCAGCAGGAAAGACGUGGAGGUGACUAAGGAGGAGUUUGCUCUGGCCGCCCAGAAGUUUGGUCAGGUUACACCCAUGGAAGUUGACAUCUUGUUUCAGUUAGCAGAUUUAUAUGAGCCGAGGGGACGCAUGACCUUGGCAGACAUUGAGCGCAUCGCUCCCCUAGAAGAAGGAAUGCUGCCCUUCAACUUGGCUGAGGCCCAGAGGCAGCAGAAGGCCUCAGGUGACGCAGCUCGGCCAGUCCUUCUCCAGGUCGCAGAGUCAGCCUACAGGUUUGGUCUGGGUUCUGUUGCUGGAGCUGUUGGAGCCACUGCUGUGUACCCUAUCGAUCUUGUAAAGACUCGAAUGCAGAACCAGCGAUCAACUGGCUCUUUUGUGGGAGAGCUCAUGUAUAAAAACAGCUUCGACUGUUUUAAGAAAGUGCUCCGCUACGAAGGCUUCUUUGGACUGUACAGAGGUUUGCUGCCACAGUUACUGGGAGUCGCCCCGGAGAAGGCCAUAAAACUUACAGUGAAUGAUUUUGUGAGAGAUAAAUUUAUGCACAAAGAUGGCUCCGUUCCACUUUUGGCAGAGAUUUUUGCUGGCGGCUGUGCUGGAGGCUCCCAGGUGAUUUUCACGAAUCCUUUAGAAAUUGUCAAGAUCCGUCUGCAAGUGGCUGGGGAGAUCACCACCGGCCCCAGAGUCAGCGCGCUGUCGGUGGUGCGAGACCUGGGGUUCUUCGGCAUCUACAAGGGUGCCAAAGCAUGCUUUCUUCGGGACAUUCCUUUCUCGGCCAUCUACUUCCCAUGCUACGCCCAUGUGAAGGCUUCCUUCGCAAAUGAAGACGGGCAGGUUAGCCCAGGAAGCCUGCUUUUAGCUGGUGCUAUUGCUGGUAUGCCUGCAGCAUCCUUAGUGACCCCUGCUGAUGUUAUCAAGACUAGAUUACAGGUGGCUGCCCGGGCUGGCCAAACCACUUACAGCGGCGUGACGGACUGCUUCAGAAAGAUACUACGGGAAGAAGGCCCCAAAGCUUUGUGGAAAGGAGCUGCUGCUCGUGUCUUCCGGUCCUCACCCCAGUUUGGUGUCACCUUGCUGACUUAUGAGUUGCUGCAGCGAUGGUUCUACAUUGAUUUUGGAGGAGUGAAGCCUGUGGGAUCCGAGCCAGUUCCUAAAUCACGGAUCACCCUGCCUGCUCCCAAUCCUGACCACGUAGGGGGCUAUAAACUGGCUGUUGCAACAUUUGCAGGGAUUGAAAACAAAUUUGGACUUUACCUACCUCUCUUUAAGCCAUCAGCAUCUACCUCUAACGUGACGGGCGGGGGCUCGUAGGACUGAGCUGGAUGUGGCCGGAAAGUGGUUGGAACUGCAGCAAGUCUCAUCUGGGUUGGAGGCCUGGCUUCGCCCUUCUGCCUCUGUCUCAUUUAAAUUCAGGUCAAGGCUUUUUAUAUUAAAUGCAAUCAUUCGUUUUCUGGAUGUUUUUGUACCAAGAUCAUGUGGAAUUAUUCCUAAUUAUUCUUUGGCACUCUGCCCACAAACCUUUGUUUGUGUCUUUUAAAUACUGGGAUUUGGUCAACACUAACUUGAUCUGGAGUAAGUCCGAAGGGAAAUUAGGGAAGGCCUCCUACCUGGAUGAUGGUCUCAUUGAGGCCAUUGAAAGGCAGCCAUGGUUCCUAAAAGCAAAGAGUUCUGAGAAUGUUUAAAGCAGGAGAAAGCUGGGUCUAGAUAUUUAUAAAAAUGAAAAACACUGGAAGAAAAAAAAAAAAAACACAAAUAUCUAGCCCGACUCAAAUUUUAAACAUGCACAAAUUUGGCCUCUGGAUUAUAUUAUGAAGGUUUUAUGUGAAACAUGUUUUUUCAUAAUGAAAACCACAUUGAGGAUGUUUAGUAAUCAUAUUCUCUUACUAGUACCAACUUACUAGGGAAAAGUUUUGAAUGUUAAGGAAGUGCUUUUGGCCUUUUUAUUAUAGAGACAGAAGAAACUGAGACACAAUUCUACUCCUGAGCAUACUGAUUUGGGAUAAAUACUUACGUGGUGAACACAUGCUGAUUACUGCCAAUUUUAAUAGACACUGUAAGAAUAAUGUGUACCCCUUUUUGCUGGCACCAGCCUGCUCCCAUCCCCAUGGUUGGCAUCCAUUUGCCUUUAAAAUCAACUCUAUCUUGAAUCAUGUCAGACAAAUAUACUCUGAGUUUUUAUUUAAUUUGGGGUGCCUUGUAUCAUGGUCAGAGGCUUGUAUGUUUGUGAAGGGGGAAAUAAACUAUUUUUAAAGCUA